AUGUCUGGGCCGGGGUUCACUUCAUCAGGGCCCAAUCCCGCAGCAGCCGGGAGCAGCCGUCUCCCCGCCGUCCACGAUGCCGAGGCAACAUGGGGCUUUCUCGAACCGGGCAUCGACCUCAUGAUGACCCGUCUCAAGGAAGGCAUGACCUACCCACGCUACAUGGAGCUCUACACCGUCGCAUACAACCACUUCACCUCCUCCUCCCUCGCCUCCUCAGCCACCGGGCUCGGUCGCUCCAACGGGCCGUUCGGCUCGAAAGGCGGCACAAAUCUCGUCGGCGCCGAACUUUACAAGUACCUCAAGAACUACUUUCAGACCCACCUCGAGGAGGUGCGCUCCGGCUCAGACGGUCUGUCGGAAGAGCCAUUGCUGCGGUUCUACGCUACCGAAUGGGACCGCUACACCACAGGCGCCAACUUUGUCCACCGUCUCUUUGCAUAUCUCAACCGCCACUGGGUCAAGCGCGAGAAGGAUGAGGGUCGCAAACACAUCUACACGGUCUACAUCUUGGCGCUGGUGCAGUGGAAGGAGCACAUGUUCCGCUACGUCCAGCAGAAGGGUCGGCUGGUGCAGGCGCUGCUCAAGCAGAUCGAGAAGCAGCGCAACGGCGAAGUCAUCGAGGCAUCGCUCGUCAAGAAGAUGGUCGACUCGCUCGUGUCGCUCGGCCUCGACGAGACGGACACUAACCGCCAGAACCUCGGCGUCUAUCGCCACGAAUUCGAGAAGCCCUUCAUCGACGCUACCGAGGUAUACUACACGGCAGAGUCGGAUGCAUUCGUUUCGCAAAACACCGCCACGGACUACAUGAAGAAGGCCGAGACGCGGCUCAAGGAGGAGGAGGACCGCGUCGAGCUCUACCUGCACGCUUCAACCCGCGGCAAGCUGGUGCCCACGUGCGACAAUGUGCUGGUUCGACGCCACUCGACCAUGCUCUGGGACGAGUUCCAGCAGCUGCUCGACCAAGAGCAGGGCGAUGAUCUCUUCCGCAUCUACACGUUGCUUUCGCGCAUAAACGAGGGACUGGAGCCGCUGCGAACCAAGUUUGAACUUCAUGUCAAGCGGACCGGUCUGGCUGCGGUGGAGAAGGUGAUUGGCGGUUCCGACGCAGGAGCUGCAGCUACCAACGGCGCUGCAGCCGGCUCAUCCUCGGCAGCCGCGCCAGCUGCUGCGGCGAGCGACUCCCUCGACCCAGGCGCCUACGUCUCGGCCCUCCUCGACGCGCACCGCACCAACCUCAACACGGUCAACCUCGCCUUCCGCGGCGAAGCGGGCUUCCUCGCCGCCCUCGACAAGGCCUGUCGCGACUUUGUCAACCGCAACAAGGCCACCGGCACCUCCACCUCUCGAUCCCCCGAACUGCUCGCCAAGCACACCGACGCCUUGCUCAAAAAAUCUAACAAGACCACGGCGGAGAACACCCUCGAAGAAGCACUCAACGACGUGAUGAUCGUAUUCAAGUACAUCGAGGACAAGGAUGUGUUCCAAAAGUUCUACUCCAAGAUGCUCGCCAAGCGGUUGGUCAACUUUGCGUCGGCGAGCGACGAUGCGGAGGCGAACAUGAUUUCGCGGCUCAAAGAGGCGUGUGGGUUCGAGUACACUGCGAAGCUCGCGAGGAUGUUUACGGAUAUGGGAUUGAGUAAGGAGUUGAACGACAACUUCAAGGAGACGAUGGCGAAGAAUCACGACAAGGCCGAGUUAGAUAUCGAUUUCUAUGCGUUGGUGUUGGCGAAUGGGUUCUGGCCGUUGCAGGGGCCGACGACGGAGUUUUCCAUUCCGACCGAACUGCUGCCUACGUACGAGCGAUUCCAGCGUCACUAUUCCGCCAAGCAUUCGGGUCGAAAGCUCACCUGGCUCUGGCAGUUGAGCAAGAACGAGAUCCGUGCCAACCACCUUUCUCAAAAAGGCCUUGUCUUUCAAACCUCGACCUUCCAAACGGCGGUGCUGUUGCAGUUCAACACCAACGACAGUCUCACCAAGACCCAACUGCAACAAGCAACGGGUUUGAACGAGACGACCAUCAAACCGGUGCUCGCGAUGCUGUCCAAAGCGAAAGUGCUCCAACCGUCCUCUGGCGAUGACGCCUACGAACUCAAUCCCAACUUCAAGUCCAAAAAGCUUCGGGUCAACCUCAACCUUCCGGUCAAGAGCGAGCAGAAGAUCGAAUCGAACGACGUGCUCAAGACGGUCGACGAGGAUCGAAGGUUGUUGCUCCAAGCGACCAUUGUGAGGAUCAUGAAGAGCAGGAAGCAGUUGAAGCACCAGACGCUGAUCCAGGAGACGGUGAGCCAGGUCAGUGGGAGGUUCAGUCCCAAGGUGACGGACAUCAAGAAGGCCAUCGAUCAGUUGAUCGAGAAGGAGUAUCUGGAGCGCGUCGAGGGUCAGAAGGAUAUGUAUAGCUAUCUGGCCUAG